CUAGUAGACUUUGAUUUGUAUGUCCUAUCAUUUUAUUCUUGACAAGACUUAUUAAAUAAUUAUGUAAAAUGAUAAUGAAAUAAUCACGAGGCAAUUACAAUCACAUUAAAAUGCAUUUUGUUAUAACUUUUGGGUUUUUAAUUUCAACAAAAUUUGAUGUAAAUAUUGAAAACGAAAAUAGUGUGGCGCUUAACAAAAAGGUUACAAAGAAGCAACAGCAUAAAAAAAAAGCAAGAGGUAAAAAUAAUCAUAAUAAUGCCGAAAUUAAAUCGAAUAAACAUAAUAAUACGGAAAUUAAACCAAAUACUGUGAACAUUGGCAAAAUAUUGGCAGAAGCACAUGUUGAAUACGAACUUUUACCGGGCUACACUUUUAAAUUUGAUUGUCGCUGUUGGGAAACUGCUACAAAGAUAUACACAGAAAAUGCUGAUUGGUGCUUGAGACCUAUAGUUCAUGAAAAUAAUCUUUGGGUUGUAUUUUCUAUUCACCAUGAGGUUGAUUUAAAUGAAGUGCAAUUACAAAAAUUUUUUGAUUAUGUUAUUACAUACCAAAUUUUUCCUGGAAACAAUAAGUUUUAUGAUAGGGCCAAAAAGGACAAAGUGAAACAAUUUUAUACACAUGCUAACACAAUUAAUAUUAAACACAAUGAUUUUCUUGAAAUAUAUCCUUCUGAAUUAGAGCCUAUUACUAAAUCAAAACCAGAACCAAUAAUAGUUAAACAUGAAACUGAUGGCGAAUUUAGCAUCAUAUCAUACCUUGAUGUAAUACCAGAUAACAGACAUCAAUAUAAAUUUUGGAGAAUGAUGAAAAAAGAAAAGUUUCCAUCUGAGCCUGUGACAAUUGAAUUUGUUCCUUCCACUGAAGUAAAAGUACCUUUAAAGUCUAAAAAAUUAAAAAACAUGAAGACACAGGAGAUGACUGUCCAGAUGUCAUUAACAACUCGAAAUCUAUUCUCAGGCGGUCUUCUUAGGCUUAAACUAAGUGAGCCUUUAGAGAUACGGCUCCAACAGCAUGAUUUAUACAUUGGCGAAACAAAAAAAACUCACCGAGCUUAUGUAAUGAGAACAAUAGGAUUAAUGGAAUUGACUACAACUAUGAUAUCUCUUUCUCAAAAAUGUUUAUUUCCAAAGGCAGAUGCUGCAAUAGCUAUCCUUGAAGAUAUAAGCAACCAUUGCCUUUAAAAUUUUAUUAUAAGGUACAUUUUUAUUAAUCACAGCGAGUGUACCGCGUUGUUAAGGUUAAGAUCAUGUGUAUUUAAAUUAUAAUUGAAAUAUAUGACUAUAUUCAUUAACACAUAAGAGAAUCAAAAUGAUUUGUAAAUAAGAUUUGUAAAUUUUAUCAGUUUACAAUCCUAAAAUAUGGAAAAUAAUUAUUGAAAGCUA